UCUUGAUAAUACACGACAGUGCGACGCAUCUCGCCAACCAGUCAAAAAGAAAAAAAGAAAAACCCAACAGUGAAGGAAGCCCAACUAGUGUACCAAAAUGAAGCAAUUUGUUGUGCUGGCAGCCCUGGUCGGCCUGACGGUGGCCCAAUUCCCGAACGGACGCGUCCUGGAGGCCCCGAAUCCGCAGCUGUGCGCCAACCGGAUCGUCCACGAGCGGGCUCCCGACGGCAAGGGAUACUUCUUCUCGUGGCGUGACCCGACCCUGGCCGGCGUCGAAAAGGACUGGCUGGACGCGCGGAACUUCUGCCGGCAGCGGUGCAUGGACAGCGUGUCCGUCGAGACCAGUCCCGAAAACGAGUGGAUCAAGCAGAGGAUCGUCGACGGCAAGCAAAAAUACAUCUGGACCAGCGGCCGGCUCUGUGACUUCAAGGGCUGCGACCGGCCGGACCUGCAACCGGUCGUGGUGAACGGCUGGUUCUGGACCGCCGAGCUGCAGAAGCUGGCCCCGUCGACGGUGCGCAACCAGAACGACUGGUCCGAGAACGGCGGCAUCGGAAAGCCCCAGCCGGACAACCGCGAGCUGCAGCAGGGUGGUGCCCCCGAGAACUGCCUGGCCAUCCUGAACAACUUCUACAACGACGGAGUGCACUGGCACGACGUUGCCUGCCACCACGUGAAACCGUUUGUGUGCGAGGAGAACGACGCCCUGCUGAAGUACGUCAAGUACACCAACCCGGGACUUCGGAUCUAAAACUUAACUUUUUUUCAAAAAACUCUAUUUUCAUCACCAUCAAUUUGUUUGUAUUUUUCACUAUUUCUACAACUUCAAGCACCCCAACAAAAAAAAACUCCUCUAAGUUAUGAAUGUAGAAGAUAGAACGAGAAUGUACGAGUGUAGAAUUGAUAAGACUAGGAGCACCACCUUUUACGUUAAUUUCUCCAAACUUCAAACAAGCACUCUCAUACACCUGUUGACUGCCAGUUUAGGAUGAAAUCAUAGGGAAAAGUUGAUCGCGUUAGUAUUAGCAACACAAAACUGCGAGAUGUAAUGUCUUUUUUAUAUUUAUUAAAUAAAAAUUUUAAAAACUA